AUGGCACAAUUGCAACCACGUGAAGCCGCGAGAGUGGUGAGGCUCGCCUUCUUUAUCCUCGUUCCCCUUUGCUCCUCUCCGCCAUCACCCCUCAUCACCCCUCAUUGUCCCUUAUCGCCCCUCAUCGCCCUUCAUCACCCGUCAUCACUCCUCGUCACUCCUCAUCAUCCCCUGUCAGGUGCGGAAUUUUGUGCAGCUGUGUCUGGAGGGAUACUACGACAAGACCAUCUUCCACCGCAUCAUCCCUGGCUUCAUGGUGCAGGUGAGGUCAGCGGUGCCGCAUGCAGUCAUCAACCUCAUCAUUAUCCACUCCCCCGCCUCUCACGUUCUAAGGUGGAGAUCCAACCGGAAGCGCGACAGGGGGCGAGUCCGUCUACGGGUAGCCCUUCAAGGACGAUUUGCUUGCACUCACGCCUGCGCUUCUCUCUGUGCUUCCUUGCCUCUUCCACUCCCUCUCCUUGCUUGCUUCGCCUCUUCCCCUCCUCUCCUCCCACACAACAGGGAGACGAUCCCGCAGGUUCAGGCACAGGAGGAGGCGAGUCGAUCCACGGGAAGGCUAUCAGGGACAAGUUUCACUUGCGCGUGCGCUUCUCCAUUUGCUGUCAUUCUUCAAUCACUCCCUCUUUUCCCACUCCCUCUUUUCCCACUCCCUCUUUUCCCACUCCCUCUUUUCCCACUCCCUCUUUUCCCACUCCCUCCACUCCCGAUUCUCCCUCACCGCAGAGGGGAGACUUAACCGGGUCAGGCCCAGGAGGCGAGUCCAUCUAUGAGGAGCUCUUCAAGGACGAGUUCCACUCACGCCUGGGCUCCUGCCUUUGUUCCUUACCUCAUCCACUCCCUCUUCUUGGGUGCCUUCUCAAGCCUCCAUCCCUCCUCCCCUCCCACAACAUCGGGAGGCGACCUCACAGGAUCCGGCACAAGAUUGGAAUGGAAUUUAUCCACAGGGAGCCCUUUAAUAAGGAGCUUCAUUCCACUGGCGCCUGCGCUUCUCCCUCUUCUUUGACCCCCUCAACUCUCGCUCCACCUUCAUCACAGGGAGGAGAUCCAACGGGAUCGGGCACAGGAGGAGAGUCAAUUUAUGGGGAACCGUUUAAAGACGAGUUCCACUCGCGCCUGCGCUUCUCCCACCGCGGCCUCGUGGCGUGCGCCAAUGCAGGCGCGCCCCACAGCAACGGAAGCCAGUGGUUCUUCACUCUCGACCGCUGUGACUGGCUGGACAAGAAACACACCAUCUUUGGCAAGGUCACAGGAGACACCAUCUUCAAUGCGGUGCGACUGGGGGAGGUGGAUACUGACGACAAUGACAGGCCUUUUGACCCGCCGUCGAUAAUCAGCGUGGAGGUCAUCUGGAACCCAUUCGAGGACAUCGUUCCCAGGACGCUGCCUGCUAGACAGCAACAAGAAACCGCGGCGAAGAGCCGAGGCAGGGACAAGGAGAAGCGCAGGCAGCAGCAAUCUCAAGUCAAGGGAACCAAGCAAUUGAAUCUGCUGUCGUUUGGAGAGGAGGCGGAGGAGGAGGAGGCUCAAUUGGAGGAAGCGAAUCUGAGGAUGAGGAGCAGCCACGACGUGCUCAAAGACCCUCGCCUGCUGGCUGAAACAGCGGAGGCAGUUCAACAGAAGCUGGCCGGACGGGGAGGGGACGCAGAAGGGGAUGAGGAAGACGAGGAGAAUGGGCGAAGAGAGGGGGGAAGAGAAAGGGAGAGAGAAGGGGAUAGAGAAGGGGAGAGGCUUCUUAGAGGGAGAGACAACGACAGACACAGGGAGAGAGCAGGUGGUGAGGAUGGGAUCAUGAGAGGUCAGAAGGGAGAGGAAAGGGGAAGGGAGAGGAGAGGCAGGGAGGAGAGAGGAGGUGAGGGAGAGAGGGGAGGUGAGGGGGAAGGGGAAGAUGAGGGGGAGGAAGCGAGUUUUGAUGAGCUGAUGAGGAGAAGGGUGUUGGAGAAACAGAGAAGGUUUGGGAAACAUGGGGGUGCGAGUGAAGGGGGGCGGAGAGGGGAGAAAGCAGGGAGAGGAGGAGUUGGAGAGGGAGGGGAGAGGGAGGGGAAAGGGAGGGGAGAGGGAGGGGAGAGGGAGGGGAAUGCAAGGAGGAACCAGGAUGGUGCCGACACAGGGGAGCAGGGAAAAAGGGGACGAGCAAAGGAGGAACGAAGAAAGGAGGAGGAGGAUGAGGAUGGGAGUGGUGACAGUGAUGGUAGUGAUGGGAGUGAUGAGGAAGAGGGGGGGAGAGGAGGAAAGGGGAGGGUGAGGGUAGAGAAGCUGCGAUUGAGGAAAGGGGCGAAGGGAGUUGGGAAGGGAGGAGGGGAGGGGGAAGGAGGAGGGGGGACAGCGGGAGGGGGGUUGCUGGGGGAGGAGGAGGAGAGACGGCAGCAGAUGAGGCAGAGGAAACGAGCUCUGGGGUCGAGACAAGAGAAGACCCUUGAGCUUUUAAAUCGCUUUAAAUCAAAGCUGGCAGCAUCCAAGGCAGUACAGCCGAGCGAGACACGCGCAGACAAAGACAAGGAGGAGGGUGCAGAUGAGAUGAGAGCGGACCGGAGAGAGAGGGCGAGGGAAGGAGAGAGCGGCAGGGACGGGAGCAGCAGCAAGGAGGGCAGCAGACAGCGAGGGUCGUCGGAUUUGCAAGGGAAGGGGCCAGGAGCAGCGGCAUAUGGGCCAGGGGGGAAGGCAAGGCAGGAUGACGAGAUGCUUAGAAAUGAUGACCCGGAUCAGUACGCGGUGCACGAUCCGCUGCUGGAGAAGGGCAAGGAGAAGUUCAACAAGAUGCAAGCUAAGAUGAAGAGAAGGAUCAGGGAGUGGGCUGGCCGGUCACUGGACUGA